CUGGUUUGUUGGGGUUUCUAGGCCACAAAAUCUGAAAUUUCCAAAACCCUGUGAAAAUACGUUUCAAAAAUUUUAGAUCAAAUUCUGGAUGUUCGAAAAUUUUGAUUUUCUUGUUGUUUCAACAUUGAAUAAAUUUUUAAAAAAUUUAAGGCGGCGAAGAAAACUUUUAUUCAGAUUUUUUUCUGGAUUUCUAGGCCAUCCCUCUUUCGAAAUCUGAAAUUUUCAAAACCCUGUGAAAAAUACGUUUCAAAAAUUUUAGAUUUCCUUAUUCGAUCCUCUAUAAAAUAGUUGAAUCUUGAAGAUUUUAUUUCGAAUUCUAUUUGGAUUCCUAGGCCAUCUCAUUUCUGGAUUUCUAGGCCACACCUUUUUUCGAAAUCUGAAUUUUUUCUCAAAAAAAAUUCCCCUUUUCCCAAAAAAGUAUAAAAAAAUAAAUGCAUUUCAUUCUUGAUUGAUUUUUUAUGGCCAAAAAAAGCGAAAAAGAAGACACGGUUCAUUUCAAAUUCAAAUUUUUUAUGUUGAUAAUAAUUGUAUUUUUUUGUUGUUGUCAUCGUAUAUUUAUUUUUCCGGCCGCUCUCGCACAAAAAUUCUAUCUAUGAGAAAAAGUACUGUAUUUUUUGACGAUAAAAACUUUUCUAGGUUUGUGAAUUUUCGAAAAAAGGCCGAAAUUAUGUUUUCAAAAUUUGGAUUUCCAGAAUCCUGUUAUUUGACACUUUGAAAAUUGUGUUUGGAAAAAAUUGGGAACCAAGUUAUAAUCAAAAUUUUUGAACAUCCAGAAUUAAAUCUAAAAUUUUUGAAACCUAUUUUUCACAGGAUUCUCGAAUUAGAAAAAACCAGAAUUUCCACGGCCCAAAUUUUCUACCAGAAAAAUUGGGCCACUUUUUCAUGUUCCAAAUUAAUUGAUUUUUGUUUUGCAGUUACUAAUCGAAUCGAUAAACGCAGCCGAAGAAGAAGACGAAGAAGAAGAGGGGUCUCGAAAGGAAAUCUCGUUUUGUGGUGGGGUGGCCCCCCUCCACCAAACAACAACAACAAAUCCCAAAACCGUCGCACUUUUUUCAUUGAGUAGUAAGCGGAAAAAGAAAAGUAGGCGAAGAAGAAGGCGGGAGGAAACAGAGCAACAACAACAAGAAACCGCAGACACCGCAACAAAACGGUUUAAGAUAUCCGCGCGGAAUGCGACAGCAUUCCAUGGCUAAUUCAAAGAAAAUACAAGAGGUUGGUGGCGGGAAGCGGGAGGAUUUUGAAUUUUGAUUUUAAAAAUGUUUUGGAAUUUUUUGGACUUUUGAUUUUUGAGAAACUGCUCCGAAAAUCUUGACGAUCAAAACUUGGGCUCAUCAAAAAAUUAGGAUUUUUUAGGUUCAAUCUUUGAGUUUUUCAAAAUUCCGAAAAUCCUGUAGAUCAAAAUUUGGGCUUAUAAUUUUUGCACUAAAAAUCUUCUUGAAAAAUAAUUUGGUGGGAGUUUAAAAUUUUGAUUUAAAAAAAUGUUUAAAAAAUUUUUUAGACUCAUGUCGAAAUUGUGUUGAUCAAAAUUCGGGCUUCUUAAAAUCCACAUGGCAUGUUUCUGGAUUCUGAAUUUUUGAAAAAUUGAAUUUUGGAAGGUCGGGCUCAGGCUUAAGAUUUGGGUUUUUAUUAAUAUCAAGAUUUUUUUGAAACUCCAAAAAUCUUGUAGAUCAAUUUUUGGGCUCAACAGAAUCCACAUUGCCUGAUUCUGGAUUCUGAAUUUUGGAAAAUUGAAUUUUUUGUUGAGGCUUGGGAUCAGGCUUAGGCUCCAGCUUUGGGUUUUUUUUAAAUUCAGGAUUUUUUGAAACUCCAAAAAUCUUGUAGAUCAACUUUUGGGCUCAGCAGAAUCCACGUGGCAAUUUUGAGUAUGUUCCGGGAUUCUGAAAUUUAAAUUUUUGUGGCUCACAGGCUGAAGAUUUAGGUUUUUCAAAAUUCCAAAAAUCCUGUUGAUCAAUUUUUUUCGAAUUUAAAUUUUACAAACACGCCCAGGAAUCAAUUCAAGCUUCUCUGAAAAUUUUAAAAUUAAACAUUUCUCCAAAAUAUCUACAGUACCUGCCAACAAAAAAAAUGAAAAACCACGCAAUUUUCAUCCAAUUUCUCAAGAGAUUGUUCAAAUAUCCCCCCCCCCCCCAGAUUUUUAUUUUUAUAUUGCACUUUUUUUCUACAAAAAAGGUGUCAAAAGACGGGUUUUCAAGUGGCUCCCGCGCGGAGCAUUUUCUCCAUUUUCCAUCUACUUUUGCUCUGAUGCAAGCCACGAAAAUGGUAGGCUCUCGAUUUUUCUCCAUUCGUUCUUUUUUUGUGUGGGUCGCCCACGCAACAACACAAAAAACGAAGAAGAAGCUUCUGGUUGUCUCGCGCACCCCUCGACCAACCGCAUUUAUCGAUUUCGGCGAGCUCGGAGAGCUCUCUGAAAAUCGAGAGAAGCAGAGAAAGAAAAAUGUGUGUGUGUGUGCCGCGGCGGUAUAAUUAUGGAGAAAAAAAAGAGAGGGGGGUUCAACAUUGGCCUACUCUAACACAAACAAAAAAAUACGAGAGAGAGAGAGAGAGACUUUUUUGCUGAUAAAGGGAUUUGGAAAAAUUGGAGCCGGGAACUUUUUGGAAGAAAAAUUCAGAAUCCAAUUUUUUUUCGCAAAAAAAUUAGUCUUUACCUAAGUUUUUAGAAGAUUUACAAAAAAUUACUGGAAAAAUGUUAUGAAUUGGAAAAAAUGUGAAGUUUCAAACAGAAAUUUUGGAAUUUGGAAAAAAAAUCCUAGCCUAAAUUGCCACGUGGAUAUCGAGAAGCUCAAAUUUUGAUCUACGUGGCAAAUUGAAUCCUAAUUUUGUUCAAAAAUAUCAUUUUUUUUUGCAAAUUUUCAGCAGCUUGAAAAAAAUUUCAGUCAAAUUUGGGUAAAUACCAAAUUGAUCCCCAAAUUUUGGGGAAGGUUUUUAGAAAAUUACGGAAAGAAUUUGAAUUUUAACUUCCUUCAAGGCACCUAAAAUCCAGAAUACUUCAAAAUGAGCUACGUGGGUUUUGGUGAGCCCAAAGUUUUUUGAUCUACAAAAAUUUCAGGGGAUCAAACUUAAUCUGACAAAUUUUGAACAUACGGGAAAGAUUUUAUGACGUGGAAAAAUCACACGUCACAAAAUAAUUUUUCAAACCCCAUGUGUUUUUAGUUUGAAAAACAAUCCCGGGAAAAAUAGGUUUCAUGGUUUUUACAUUUAAAUGAUUCGAAUUCCAAAAAUUUUCUGAAUUCUUUGAGAAACCACGGCAUUUCAGAAUGUUACUAUACUAUAUCAGAUAUCUCAUAUCAGCCUUUUUUAAAAAUUCAAUAAUUGUUUGCAGCUAGUGCACGAGUGCAAUGUGCAACUGGCAUUAUUUCGUGGAGCAACACAAGGAAUCGGAACAGCACAAGAUGGAGCAUCAUUGAGAAGAGAAGUCGAGACGGCUGGAAGAGCUUGUCAAAAAGCCAUCGAGGCUGCACAUACCACAUUAUUACCAUCGAUUAGAGGAGGCGAUGGUUCGUUUUUCGAAUUUGAAUCUUAAAUUUUGAAAAAAAAUACUUCUCAAAGAGCUUGAUUUUUGACUCCCGUAACUUCGGUUUUCAAAAAUUUCUGGUUGAAAAAUCAUUCAAUUUUCACCACUUGCAGACGCCGAAAUGACUCGACACGGUCCAAUUUUCAUCGGUUGUGUCGGCGCGUGGCUCAACGAGAUGAAACGAUGUGUGAAGUUGGAGAAGACAUUUCCGGCGCCCAUCGAACCAUCGAUCACUGUGGGACAAGUGGAACGCGUCGAAUCGGUUCUUGACACUCUCGAAAAUCUCAUUACGGUUCAUUAUUCGACGAAUGAGCAACCCGCGUUGGAUAAGGUCGGUAUUUUUGGGCUCGAAAAUUUUUUUUGAUUUUGCUAAAUUAAAUUUUUAUCGCGAUUUUUAGUCAAAAAUUGUAGAAAAUUUCACCCGGAAAAUAUAGGUUUCAAAAUUUUCAUAUAUUUUUUCGCGGUUUCAUGAUUUUCGAUACUAAUUCGCUCUAAUUUUCAUAAUAAAUUCAUAAAUUAAUGGCUUGGUUUCGUGAAAUCGGCAAAAGUUUUGCGUUAGAGCGCAUUUUCUUGUUUUGUUUUGUAGUGGCUUUGUUUUUGAGGACUUAAAAAAAUUAAUUUUUUCAGAAAUUAAAAAAUUUUGAAUUCUAGGAUUUGAGGGAAACUUCUAUAGACAAAAUUCUGUUUUUCGGCCCAAAAUUUUUUUACAUUAAAAAAUGAAAUGUGAAUUUUGAGUCUGAAAUUCGAAUCCCAAUUAUUUUCUUUACAGCUGCAAGUGACUCCACGACGGAGGCGUGCAACUUCAUGUCGACCUCAAUGUGUAUGCUCGAAACUGAAAACGAGUUAUGCGUGA